UCCAACAGUUUACCAUGUGAAAUGUCAUUCAUUCAAUUUCCCGCCGAAACCCUCAAAUUUCAACCCCUCUUUCCCUCUUUCUCUUCUUCCUUUUUCACCCCCUUUCUCUCUCCUCCAAAAUCCCAAUUUCACCACCGAAUCUUCGCCAUUUCAGCAGCUGAAAUCAUCAAAUUCCGGCAACUUUCCGGCCGAAAAUGGCCGGAAUCAACCUAAUUAACUACUCAAAAACCCAGAGAAUCGUCCUGUUAAUCGAUCUAAACCCUCUUCUCCACCUCCAAAACCCUAAAUCUUACAUCACUUCAAUCCUCACUUCCGCCAAAAUUCUCCUCUCAUUUCCCCCUCUUUCUCUUUCCCUAUCCUCCUUCAAGCUCUUCUUCUCUUCUCUAUCUCCUCUCAAAUCGUCAUCCUCGCUCCCCAACUUCCCAAUUUCAUUGUAUAACCCUAAUUCACUCUCAUUCAAUUGCCCCGAUGAAACCCUAGCUUCACUCUCGCAAACCCUUGAUUUGGCUUCUAAUCUGGUGAAUCUUUUCAUUUUUGGGUCAACAUCGAGGGCUUCGCAUUUAUCCAGCUCGAUUAAGCAGGUAAUUCAUGAUUAUUGUUGGGAUUCGUCUGAUUAUUCUAACGAUUCUGGUUUGUUAGGGACUGUUAGGUCGAAUUUAGUUGUGUUGUUCUCGCCUGUUUGUGGAUCUUUUAAGGAUUUGCAUGAAUUUAUGGGUGUUGAUGAUGUGAUUAGUGAUUGUGAUGCUUUUUGUGACAAGUUUAGAGAGGGUUUUGGGCAUGUGAGAGAUGCAUUUGUUAGUAGGGAUAUUCAUUUUAGCUGGAUAGAUGUCAGCUGUAAUGGUGACAGCGGAAACAGUAAUGAAAGAGAUAACCUUGAUGAAUAUGGCAGGUUAGUGGGGUUUUUCCAAAAUGGUGCUAAGAGUUUAGGUUGGAGUUUAUGUUCAAGUGAUUCAAUUGUCUAUGGUUCCGCUCUUAUUUCGUUUGGCUUAAUUUAUCCGAUGAUUGGCGUUUCAUCAAAUAACUCUAAGUUAAAUGAUACAUGUAAGAAAAUAAAUGGGCAAUUGAAUCUUGAGAUAUUGGAUGUGAGUGGGAAACCUAUGGAAUGCAAGUAUUGUGAUCUCCAACUGCUUAAUCUUAAAAUUUCACGUGGGCAUAGGCUUCACGAUCUUUCAAUCUCCGAGGGGUAUGAAAAAGCGGUAGGAGAACUUUCUCAACAACCUUGUGGUAUUUGGGAGUGUUUUGGCAAUGGGGUGGUGAAGAUUGAUGUAAAAUCUCUCUUUAGAGAUGGCGAGCUUGUAAAACUCGAUGAGCAGAUAUCUGAUGUGGUACUAGUUGAUGAUAUACCCAUAGUAUCAAAGAAAAAGAAAGAGGAAUCAUGUAGAGAGUUCUUUGCUGACAUAGUUCUUGACUUGCUUUCAGAAAAUUCAGGCAAGUUUAUAAAGAGGAAAUCACCACCUCUCUGGCAGAUUCUUUUGAGCUUUCUGUAUAGAAAGGGUUAUUGGGCAUUGCUGCAUUUGUCAAAUGCUGAUGGCAGCAUAACCAGAGGGGUUCUCAAACCUUACACUAUUCAUUCGGCUUUUCUUUUUAUUCUGAAAAGUAACACUGACUUUCAGUGUGGAGCACUAAAUGGUGUAAGUGAACUGAACCUUGGACAGGGUAGUUUAGAGAAAGGAGAUAAAGUUGUUGGAUUUGACGUUAAUAUGGAUUCUGUAAGUGGUACACUUAAAAACGAGACUAGAAAAAAGCACAGGAUGCAUCCCCAAAGGUAUAAGGAUCUCUCUUGGAGCUCUUUCUGCAAAGCAGCUUUUCGACCUUGUGAGAUGGAACUCGAGGGAACUUAUUUUUCUAAGGACUGUGAUACUUCAAAGAAGUUGAAGUUUUUGCAGUGUUGGAUAAAACAGGUUGCAAAAAACAGCUCAUCACUUCCAUGUAAAUCAGAUGCACCAAAAAUUCUAGCAAAAACGGAAGACAGAUUAGGUCAGUUGCAUCAAGAAACUCAACAGCCGCUUCCUUCUCUGGCUGGGGAAUAUGCUGUUAUAGAACCUCAAAUAAAACAAACUAGAGCUUCGGCAGAAGCCGCAGAAGAUUUCUUUAGUAACUUAUCUCAGAGAAUCCAACAUGGGAUUGCUUCAGGAGUUGACUUGGUGGCUUUUGCGCAGCGGGUUGUUUCUUCAUGUAUUUAUUGUUUAAGAGCCAAACUAGGACCAAAUACCAAAGAAGAGAGUCAAGCCUCCCUUGAAAAAUCGGACGGUAGUAGUUACGGAGGACUGGUCGCUGGUGAGCUCAUCAAAAUCCUACUAAUAGAUCCAAAAGAAAUAGCAGGAAAGCACAAAGACGGUAAACUAUCCUCAAAAGCGACAAAUAUGCAAUCAUCAAAUAUUUCAUCUGAAGAUAGAGUUCGACAAUAUGAACUGCAGAUUUUGUUUCGGAUGGAGAUACUUCAAUCAGAGAUUGUGUCUGGUAUAAGAGAUUCUGCUAAACUCAAAUUUGUUAAGCAGAUUUGCUCUCUUUUGGAGUUUAUUCAGUGUAACAUGGAGGAUGGAUUUUUCGGAGACUUCAACUUCAAUGAUUAUGUGGGCAGGACCAUCAAAAGCAGGUAUUCGCAAAACCUUGGAGACAUUGUCCAUAAAAUCUACGAUCAAAUGGAUCUCUUAUUGUUCGAUGAAGAUGAUGAUGAAUCCCCCAAUCCACUACUCAACAGUGAAGACAGCAGUCAAUCAUGGAGAGCAGGAAGUGAGCCCAAUUCUACUGAUGAUUCAUACCACGCUGGUAGCACCGAUCACGACCUCAAACUAGUUGAAGCUGAAAAGAGGAGAGCAAGAGCAUUGAGGUUUUCAUCUUUUACUAGAAAAGCCAUGCCAGACUUGCAGAGAGUGUGGGCCCCUAAACCACCGAAAUUGUCCAGGUCAAAGUCAGAAUCUUAUCGCCGGUCCAAAAGGAAGGACCGGCAUAGAGAAAGCCAUGAUAGGGUUUGCGAAACCCCGCCAAGUGGGGCCAAGAAAUGUUUAUUUCCUUCAGAAGGUGGUAGUGUUGGUGAUGAAGAAGAGUAUAGGGAGCGAGGGGGUGGCAGUUCAGCUGAUUCCGUUCACAGGGCUUUGUUUCAGGAAGAAUCAUGGCAUCAUAAUUGGGAGCUUUGAUUCUUUGAGCUAUGUUUGGCUCUAAGAUAAUAAUAGCCUGUGUAUUAGUUGACUACUUAGACACAUAAACAGAUACCUGUGUAUAUCAGAUGCUGUGCCCCGAAGUUUGCCCCGGUCCGGCCCAACAUAGUGGGUAGAAUAUUUAAGCUGUAGCCCGACCCAAACCCGACAUGACCCGUAAUUUGAUCAGGUCUACAGGAUGCACUUGUUAGACUAUCUGCCAUUUGUACACAAAAUAUGAGUUGACAGACUUGUAGAGUAUAUCCAGGAAUAGAUGUAAAACUAGGUGUUUUUUGCAGCAAAGGUGCAAAGAACCUUGUAAUUUCUUUGUAAUAAUAUCUGGAUUUCAAGGUUCGCAUUUACAGCGAAUUCUUUGUAUCUGUUCAGGUAGGGGAUAUGCAAAUACAUAGUUCAUGUGUAUCAAUUUAGCUUUA